UGGGUCAAUGACAUCACCCAGCCCUUGGAUACACGGCUCCGCCAGUGCUUGAACAAUUACCCGUGGGCUCCCACCCUGCCCCUUCCAGGAAGGGACCUGGGCCCACAUGAACCCAGGCCACUUCCCUAAUGCAACCGCAGCCUGGAGAAAAGGGAACUGCCCAGGCACUGGCUGCGUGAAGAGUUAAGGAGCGAGUGGGGAGUGCAGGAAGGAGUUGCUCUGUGGUUGUGGGGCGUCUUGCUGAGUCAAUCGCAGCGCCCAGCCCCAGCUCACACCGGACAGUGUGUCUCCGCCGAGCAGCCGGAGUGGAGCAGUCACUGCUGCCUUUGCCAUCCCAGCCCCGGCGAGGGAGCGAUCGGACUCGUGCGGUGGCUCCUUGGCUUGACCCUGCCGGCCAGGAUGAAGAUGUGGCUCGUGGCCGGCCUGCUGCUGCUCCUCAGGGCCGAAGGCGCAGAGGCGCUGGCCGAACCUGAGCUGUGUUAUGUCCUGGACGCUGUCCUGUUCAUCUACGGCAUCGUCCUCACAGUGCUCUACUGCCGCCUGAAGCUCCAGGUUCGAAAAGCAUCAAAAGCUGUCCACAGCACAGCCUAUAGCCAGAAAGAAGAAGGGAUCUAUACCGGGCUCAGCACUCAGAACCAGGAGACCUACGAAACCCUCCGGACCAAGCCCAAUUAGGAGCCCAGCUGUAGCCCCAGGCGCAGCUUCUGCAGAAGGAGGUUGAAGGGGGAGCAGGUAUCCCAAGAGUGAUUUAUAUGAGUUCCUCGCCAGUCUCAGCAAAGAAACAACUUUGUUGAAACCAGUGGUUCCCGGUUGCCCCCACAUGCUGAAAUGCUGGGGGUGGGCGUGUUACGCCCCUGCUCGUUUACAUGGAAGACAUCCCUCCCCUAGCUGUACAUUGCUCCGAGAUUCUGCAGGAUCAGCCUUUCCUAUCCCACCUCUCUUGUGUUUCUGGUGCUGAAGAUCUGUAGAUGUUCUUUCCCUUGUGCCUGUCACCAAUGCCACACAGCAAGUCUCCAGUGAGACGAAGAUAGAGUACCCUUCUGAAGUUCCCUUCAGCAGCAAAGCACCUUGUCUACCCUCUACAGUCAAGAACUAUAAUGCAAACACCUAAACCCUCCUGAGCAUCUCUUGGAAACCUCUGGACCAACGGAGAAUCAUAGAAUCGUAGGACUGGAAGGCGACCUUGAAAGGUCAUCUAGUCCAGUCCCCUGCACUCAUGGCAGGACUAAGUAUUAUCUAGACCAUCCUUGACAGGUGAUUGUCUAACCAGCUCUUAAAAAUCUCCAAUGAUGGAGAUUCCACAACCUCCCUAGGCAGUUUAUUCCAGUACUUAACCACCCUGACAGGAAAUUUUUCCUAAUGUCCAACCUAAACCGUCCUUGCUAGAAUUUAAGCCCAUUGCCUCUUGUCCUCUCCUCAGAGGUUAAAGGAGAACAAUUUAACCUCCCUCCUCCUUAUAACAACCUUUUAUGUACUUGAAAAUGGUCAUGUCCCCCCUCAGUCUUCUCUUCUCCAGACUAAACAAAUCCAGUUUUUUCAAUCUUGCCUCCUAGCUCAUGUUUUCAUUGUUGCUCUUCUCUGGACUUUCUCCAAUUUGUCCACAUCCUUCCUGAAAUAUGGCGCCCAGAACUGAGCACAAUAUUCUAGCCGAGGCCUAAUCAGUGCAGAGUAGAGUGGAAGAAUUACUUCUCGCUUGCUCCCUGGUAAUGAUAGUGUCUGUCCUAGGGAGCAGAGAAUAUUCCCUUCUCUGUACUUGUAAAUCACUGGCUUUGGUCAUGUGUUUUGGCUGCCUUGAUGGCUUUGCCUUGGUGCACAGAGGCGGCCCACACCACAGCGUCUGUGCUUCCACAGACAGAGACUUAAUACUAUGCCGGCUCCCUGCUCCAUGUCUGCCACAUGGCCGCUAUUUCCCUGGCCUGACCUCAGUGGUGGCUGCUGGUUUAGCAGUGAUGGAGACGUGGAUAUAACAUUUCCCUUAGAUGGCCUGAUGACGUGGGGCUAAUGUGCGGCACAGUUCAGACUCAGAGGAAAGGCAUUUGCUAGGUUCUGCUGUCACCCUUUGGCUGGUCUUCCAUUGCAUAUGGGUAGGCGUUGUAACACAGGUUGAUAAAGAGAGUGAUGAGGCUGAGGAUAGCACCUCCCCCUUUCACUGGAGAUGUAAAGAGAUGAAACGCUCUAGAAGCCAAGUGUUUGAGAUCAGAAAUAGAACUGGGCCAGACUGAGAUGCUACGAUUAGCUUUCAUCUCUAGGUUCCCAGUUCAAAUCCCAUCCAGGCUGGAGGCGCACUGAUCGUUGCCCUCUGACGGUGAAAAAAUACGCCCUGGGAACAGGGUUGGUAGGUUUCCGUCCAGGUCCCAGUGGAGCAGGAGGUAUGUACUUCUCCUGCUGGUACCAGCGCUGCCUCUGGCCCAUCACUAGACAGGGGGCCCCCCACCUCCAGGGUGGUCCUUCAGCAACCCACAGCCGUGAAUUUACAGCACAAUUUUUAUAAAUUAUUGAUUUUCAGAACUGCCUGUGCAUAUUCGGGUGCCUGAUUUGCACCUGCAUUUACCGUAGCUGUGCCUGCAGUCCCUGUCGGCGCCCCCACACCUAAUCCCUGCUCCCUCUGUCAUGGGCCAUUUGUGGCCAUGGAAUUCUGAACCUCACCUUCCCCUGCUGAGUCCCAAGUUCAAGGCCUGGUAUUUUCCCUGAAAUAACAGGUGCCAUCGCUGAUGGAUAGGGCCUGGUGGUAGGCACAGGAAAGCUCUGUGUUAGAUAUAAGUCAUCCCAUAAACUCCUGCAAAAGAAAGACAGGCCCCUGACCUCAGAGCUUUGCAGGUAAGUGGAAGAGGACCCCUUUUCAAAUAUUAGGUUUUCAAGGGUAAUCUCAUUUUGGGAUCUGCCUAGCCCUGGCAGACGGGCACACAGCAAUCCUGCCAAAAGAUGCAAUUGCAGCUGGGCAUCAGUUGGAAUCUUUUCAUAAGGGCAACAUACCUGGGUAUCACAACUAGAGUAAACACAGGGAAUUUUUGACCAUGCUGUUAGGGCUUAUCAGAGCACAUGAUGGCAGGAGCAAAUCAUCCCUCUGCGUUCCUGAGCCAUCAGAUCAAUGCUUUCGUGUUUAUAAUUGAAAGCUGCUCCCUUCCCAUUGCUUCUUAUUGUACACGGUUUGUUUUGGGUAUUGCCUCUGGAGCAUCUUUCUCCACUGGUCCAGCAACAGGCUCCAGAAACACCAGGAGAAGGUGUACAUCAGUUUCUACCAAUGCUAGGACAAAAUGUAGAAGAGUGCAGAGCUGUUUAUCCUUCUAGGAGCACCUGGAUCUCUUUCUGCCAAUGUAACCCUUGAAGAAUAGACACCCCCUUUUUUUUUUUAUUGAGCUGAAUGCUUUAAAAUUUUAUUUUUAAAAAAAGCUUUACGCAGAGGUAUUAUACCCCAUGACAUUGCAAAGCCAAUCGGGUGCUUGCACUUGGAGAAGAUGAGAUAAAAGCCAUCCUUGGAAUGUUUAUGGCAAAUACCACCGUGCAUUGGGACAAAGUGCCACGUCUAUAGGAAUUAAUAAAGCAGAAUAGGUCAUUGCCAGAGCUGGCUGGAGAAAGGCAAUUCCCUCUCAAGACAACUUUUGAGGGUUUGAAAUUUGGUUUUGUUCCGCGUUGGAAUGAAAACAAAACCUUUCCAACAGAAUUGUGUCCAAAUGUCUUUUUUCUGCUCGGAAAGGUCAGGUUUUCAAUUCUGCUGUCUUGCUCUCUGACUGGAUAGUCCACCCUGGACCUCAGAAACCUUUCACUCAAACUGAUUUCUUCAGAAUCAGUACAACUAUGGGAAAUGUUUCAGCUUUGACUAAACAGCAUAUUUGGAUGAAAAAAAGUUUAUUUUAAAAUGUUCCAGCCAGCUCUAGGCAUGUCUGAAUAUACAUACUGCUACAGAAAUUAAGAUUUUUCCUUAAUGUCUUGAAUUUAUUGUACUAUACUGGCUCAUGUAUUUUUUCACUCAUUAAAAUGUGUAUACAGGA